AUGAAAGCCUCCUUAUCAUGUCUUCCAUGUUGGGGGCAUGAUGAGGAUGUUGAUGAGGUGGUUGAGAUCGGCCGUGUCGCUUCUCAACAUUCCAAAAUAUCGAUUGAAACUCUCAUAGAUGCCACAUCAGCCGAAAAUGAGGUGGCGCAAGAAAAGAGGAACAGCCUUGCCGAGUUGUCAUGGCAGGACAGCAAGGGAGACCUCGUACUCGAGCACAUCCGAUGUGUCGCGGACCACGAAUACAUACGACAGUCUCAGAGCUACAACGUCUCAAACUGUGAAACCAUGAUCGCCGAAGUGAGAGGUACUUUUGAGGCUAGGAAGCUGGUACAGACGCUUGGCCAGUUCGAGAAACCCCUGUAUGCCAUCGAACAUUUUGUUAGAGGCAUUACGGUGGUGGUGCAAGUUGCGGAUCCAAUAGCCCAGAUUAUCUGGGGUGGGUUCUUGAUUCUUCUAAAGAACGCUGCUCGCUUUGCUGAUCUGAUCGGAACAAUCCUCAAUUGUGUUUGCAAUCUUUCCAAGAUGCUUGAGAGAUUUCGAAUCUACAACGACAUGUACGCAACCGAAAGAGUUAAAGUCUCCCUGAGUAACGUCUGUGCCUGCUGCGUCGAGUUUUGCGCUGCAGCCGCCAAAAUACGGGGAAAGAUUGAGGAAGCCAGCCGAGAUUUUAUGGCUGAAGUCAAUCUGCAGCAAGCCAAGGAGACACACUUUUUGACCAAAGGAGUCAAGCCUAGGGCCACAAGAAUCCCAUGUCACCUCAUACCGUUCAGCAACCGGCUGUUCUUUCCAAGGCCCGCAAUCAUGGAAUGGAUCGAGGCCCAUCUGCUCCCAGGCGAAUCGACAUCCCCCACCGGUCUGAGAUCGUUUCUCCUUCACGGACUCGGAGGAUCAGGAAAGACGCAGUUAGCCGCCAAGUUUGCCCACGACCACCGGAAUGAUUACGAAAUCAUUAUCUGGGCCAUUGCUGAUAGCGUAUCUGACAGCUUGAAGGCUGAUAUUGGUAUAGACUACAAGUGGCUCGUCAUUUUUGACAACGUCGACAAUGAGGAACUGCUACAGAACUAUUGGCCCAGUUCGGCCAGGGGGUCUAUCCUCGUCACCAGCCGCCAGCGAAUACUUGGCACGACCUUGGUGGACGGUGCCUGUGAAGUUGGCUCCCUGAACGAUGCGGAGGGAGCUUCAAUGAUCCAGCUAAUUCUCGACAAUAAAGUGAGUGACGCCAACGACCGCGAACUUGUUGCAGAAAUGGCAAAUAUUCUAUGUGGUCUACCCCUUGCGCUCGCUCAGAUGGCAGGAUACCUUCGGACCAACCACGUCACGGUCAGAGAGUUCUUGGGUGAUUACAAGAGUCUCGGGUAUGCUCGCAAUCUCUUUGGGAAUGCCAGAAGCCUAGAUCAUCCGCAGUACAGACACACGUUGGAGACGGUCUGGCAACUGUCCUUCAAGAAGUUGUCGAUUGAUGCUCAAACUCUGCUGAGGAUCGCAGUUUUCCUACAUCCAGAUGGCAUAUCAAGACAGUUAUUUCAGAUCCCGAAGGCUUUAUCAGACAUGCCCUUGCCACCGGCAUUGCAGAUCUUGCAAAAAUCCCACAACACGCUCAGAUACAAUGAGGCAAAGUCGAGUCUGACCCAGCAAUUCCUCAUGAAGUACAAUGAUCAGGAACUCUCACUAUCUAUUCAUCGACAAGUUCAACAGAGCGCCCUCCACGAACUCCUGGACGGGGACCUUGAGAAUCUCCGAAUGGCAAUUUUCGGGGCGACCCGGGCCUUGUAUCAUGCGUACCCCAGGCAGUCCCCUCUAGGCGAGCCGAUACCCAACUGGCCGGCUUGCCAACAGUACACCGCGCACGUCCUUCAUCUCCUCGCUCUUUACGAGACGGAGACAAGGAUCAGGGAAGCAACGGACCCCCAAACUCUCGCCCUCAUGACAGAACUGCUCUGCGACUGUGGAGUUUACCUUUGGGCGAGAGGCCUCUUCCGGGACUCGGAGCGCAUGGCGCGCACGUCGAUUGAGAUUGCAGAAAGAGUCUUUGAACCCCAUAAUUGCCUACGGGCACAACCUUACACUCUACUUGGUUGCAUCUGCCUUCGAUCUGAGGAAAGGACGGAAGAAGCCGUCAAGUACCUGGAGCUAGCCCUCCAAAUCCGCAAGGAAAACCUGCGGAGAGACUACAAGCACACGGAUGCCCCCUUACACAUCGACAUCCAGCUAGCCAAUGCCUAUAGCAACUUGGGCAUUGCGGCGAAGCAAAUGGGGGAGUUCGAGAAGGCCGCCCAGUUGCACGAGAAGACGAUUGAGAUCAAGGAGCGACGGAGGGAUCACUGCGCUGGCUUUCUCCUUGCCCUCUCUUUUCAUAAUAAGGGAAAGCUAAGGCGGCUCCAAGGCCACGUUGAGGAGGCCGCAAACCUCUUUGCCGAAUGCAACAAAGAGAUGCGUAUCUACAAAGAUGACAAAGAGAUGGAGGCUCGACAGGCAGUUUGGCUGUGCUCACUCGCAGAGGCAGAGGCGAGCCUUGGACGUGCAGGGGACGCCGAAUUGCACUUUUCUCAGUCGCUUCAGAUGCUCAAAGCUGUGGUGGGUGAUUCGCUAGACACAGGGAUGACACGUCUCAGAUUUGGUACCUUUAGAUAUGAAACCGGGAGUUUGCAGGAGGCUGAGGCUUUGUUCAAGGAUGCUGAAAAGAUCUUUGGGAGCAAGAACGGCACUGCGCGCGACGGUCAGUUUCUCUGCAAGAACAAGCUUGCUUGCGCUCUGCACUGGCUGGGUCGAACCUAUGCUCAGCUUGGUAAGAAUCAGGAUUCGGAUGAGGCUCAAGGCAGAGCCUCCAAGUUGUAUGGGGAAAUAACAGGCAAGCAAAUUCCUGCGGAUGCGCAAGAAGCACUGGCAGAGUACGAGAAGCUUGUCUCGGACGACUGA